GAAUUUGAAAAAUAUAAUUGCUCGUAUUAGACAGGCCCAGAAGCACUGAUCCAAUACAAACCGUCAGAAGAGCCAAAGCGAGCCAAAGCCCAAUCCAUAGAGAGAGAGACACAUCAACUACACACACCACGAGUCCACGACGUAGAUCCUCCGCUGACGGCGACUGAGGCUGCAAAGUGCAAACGAAUAGAAACUUCUCAAUUCUCAAGUAACACGCCACGCCCACACUUCACUUUCAAAUCUCCAAAACGACAACGUUUAUAGGGCUUCUCAUGGAGACGCAACCACACGAUAAUUUGCACCACGCACCCGUUUCUUCCAGCGACGCCGAUAAUCUACACAGCGAUGCGGUGACUGAAAUUUCAAACCACAGAGACACUGAAGUAAAAAGCGACGUUUCAAAGGAUGAAGUUAUUCGGAUUCUACAAGCUAUUGCUUCCACCGGGAGGUUUUGGCAUGACUGGGAUAAUCUGAAGAGUAUGCUAUCAUUUCAGCUGAAGCAGGUAUUGUCUGAGUACCCUGAGGCAAAAACGACAAGUGAGCAGCAAUGUGCUUCAUUAGGAGAGUCCUACUCUGAUUUGGUCAACAAAUUGGAUGAAGAACUUACAUGUUUUAUUGAUGGCCCACCAUUUACAUUGCAAAGGGUUUGUGAGAUUUUAUUGGACGCAAAAAACAUUUAUCCAAAUCUUUCAAAGCUUGCUUUAGCUCUUGAAAAGAAUUUGUUAGUUACGUCUACAAUGGCAAUCAGCACUGAUCCAUAUCCACAAGAUCCAGUACAAGAGCCAGAUGACCAUGAGAAGGCAAGUGAAAACCAGCAGCAGCAAUCUGAUGGAGCACAAAAUGGCGCCGAGCCCCUUGUUGCCGACAACGAUGAAGUAAUGGUUGAGGCUGAUGUUGGUGAUGAUAUGACCAUUGAAACGGAAGUUUUUGAAGAUGCAAAAUCAUCAGAACAAGAUUCCGAGCCAAAUGCUAAUAAUGCAUAAGUUUUGUGGUUACUGUCAUCUUUAAAUCCAUAAACUGAUGAGCAUAGACUCAGAUGUUUUCUUGCAGUAAACUCCAAAUGCCGAGAACAGUGUGUAUCGGGGUCAUUCGGUAGUGCUUUAAGCUCUGGUCUGGUAAUAUACUUAGAGCUAAGAAUUUCGUAGCACUUAAAAUCAGAACAAGGUUCCUGUCUUGUAUGUCUUGGAUGCUAUGCUUGUAUGGGUGACAUGAGCUAUAGAAUAUUUCCCUGUAAUUUACUUUUAAUUUGUGCUCGUAAGUUAAAUUCAUAAACCAGUUCUUGAACUUUGCAA